AUGGCGCACUCACGAGCCUAUUUUUCCCUGCCGGUGCGACCCUUCCUUUCACGCCAAGCACGUUGCAGUCGCAUAUUCCUACAAUCUCCCAAAAAUGCAUUUACUGCACAAUAUCGCUUGCAAAGCACCAAUACGGACACUGCCGAAUCAUCGCCUACCAUUGAUGUUGUGCCCGACGAACCAUCAUCAGACCUGUCGCAUCUGAACCCCCCUCCGGAGGAUUACUCGCGUUUCAUUUUCCAGGACAAAUGUCGAGUGACGAUGCAUGCCGGCUCUGGUGGUCAUGGCUGUGUCGCAUACCUCCGUGAGAAAUAUAUUGAAGAAGGACCGCCUAAUGGAGGCGACGGCGGUAGUGGAGGUGGUAUCUAUAUACAGACUGUCGAGGGUUUAACCAGUUUGCACAAACUGGCUCGUCGAGGUGUCCUCAGAGCCAGCAGAGGUCGGAACGGACAAGGCAAAAGCAAAGGUGGAAAGCGAGGCGACGACAUUCUCAUUCAAGUACCCGUUGGAACGGUGGUUCGGGAAAUCAGCCGACACGAUCCAGUUGAGGACGCGUGGGCACGCAUCAGAGAGGAAGAAGAGGCGGAACAUAUCGCCCAGGAGGAGCAGAAAAUGUUUGGAAAUCCCGAUGAGCUUGAAGAUCCAGAAGGUCCAGAAUAUGGUCUGCGAGAGACGGAGGACCCGGAAUUCAACUCUAUUCGGCAUGACCGCUGGGUGCUUCAUCCUUCCGCCAAACCCUCUGACUUUCUCAUGGUGGAGUUUCCAAAAUCAUACCCGCGGAGACAGAAUAUAGCGGCGAUGGAACCAAAGGCGCCGAUCUGGCUAGACCUCUCGAAGCCCAUGGAUAAGCCUUUGCUUCUAGCCGCAGGGGGUGCUGGCGGAUAUGGUAACCCACACUUCUCGACGCGCACGAUGGGACGACCCAAGUUUGCUUCUCGUGGUGAAGGUGGAAUGACAUUAGAACUCGACUUCGAACUCAAGUUGCUUGCAGAUGUUGGACUAGUUGGAAAGCCCAACGCCGGCAAGAGUACACUACUCCGCUCACUGACCAACAGUCGGACGCGCAUUGGAAAUUGGGAGUUUACUACACUUUCUCCUCACAUUGGAACCGUGAUCACCGACGAUAUGAAGGGCCGUCCACUUGUCGCAUCAAAGGAGCGUCGAACACACUUCACUAUUGCGGACAUUCCCGGCUUGGUUGAGGAUGCCCAUCUUGACAGAGGACUUGGUCUGGGAUUCCUUCGUCAUAUUGACCGCGCUGGAAUUCUGGCUUUUGUGGUUGAUCUUAGCCAUGGCGACCCUGUGGAAGAACUGAAAAAACUGUGGCACGAGCUUGGAGAGUACGAACGAGUGCGCGAUAUGGAUCCGGAUUCCGCUGGAGACAACAGCGUCAUUGACUGGAACCCCUUCGGCAAUGACGGUCCGGAGCCUCAAAAGAAUCCUUUCCGGGAGCCCGGAAGUCAGCCGUUAAACACCAAUCCUGAUGGCACUCUGCCUCGCUUGAUGAUGACACCUCUUCACCUCAAGCCUUGGUUUGUCGUGGCCACCAAGGCGGACUUGGAAAAUACCCAGGAUCAAUACCGAGCUCUUCAAGAAUAUCUGUCAGCCGUACAAGAUGGAUCGGUUGAGCACCCAUCUGGUCAUGAGAAGGCGUGGAAAGAAAAGCUUUGUGCUGUUCCUGUCAGUGCCAGACGAGGCGAGGGUGUCUCGCGCAUUCCCAAGCUGGUGAUGGAACUUCUGGAGUGA